UUGAGGAGUCGAUUGAGGUCGUCAAGGAUGGAUGAGGCAAGUGGUGGCGCUUCAGUCACCACCACCACCACCACCGGCACCGGCACCACCGCCACCAACGUCGACGAGGCAAAGACAUGUCCCCGCGGCCACUGGAGGCCAGGAGAGGACGAAAAGCUCAGACAGCUCGUGGAGCAAUACGGCCCUCAGAAUUGGAAUUCCAUCGCAGAGAAACUCCAAGGUCGCUCAGGUAAGAGUUGUAGAUUAAGGUGGUUUAAUCAGCUUGACCCUAGGAUUAACAGGAGGCCCUUUUCAGAGGAGGAGGAAGAAAGACUUCUUAAUGCCCACAGGGUCCAUGGCAACAAAUGGGCUCUCAUAGCAAGAUUCUUCCCUGGAAGAACAGAUAAUGCUGUCAAGAACCACUGGCAUGUGAUCAUGGCCCGGCGGAGCCGCGAGCGGUGCCGCCUCUUUGGGAAGAGAAGGUCUCACAACUUCAUCAGCAGCAGCCCUGGGGACAUCACCAUGAGCAACUUUCUAACCAAGCCUUCCACAGACGAAGAAGCUGCUGAUACCAUCAAUUCAGGCCUCUGCAAGGAGAUCAAAGACGGGUUUCUUGUGUUGCCGCAGCAGAUGGCGGCAGCUUCUUGGGCAUUUCCGGCAUCGGAGAUCACCAGAACAAUCAUAGGGAGCAUUAUCCCUGGAGAAAGAAGGGACAGUGCUUUCUUCCCUUAUAACUAUCAUGACCCUUCUAUCUGUGGUGGUCAUUGGAGCAAUGGCUUCCAAGGCCAGGUUAACUACAGAAGAGUAGUCCCUCCUAAUUUUCUUGGGUUUUCUAGUUUGAGUACUGAGGAAUGCAGCAAUGGAGUGACAACCAUGAAUGAACUGAGUAGCUAUGGGGAGAGUUCUGCUGGUCCGCAGAAGUUCAGGGUUAUCAACAGCCACAGUGAGGAACCAGAGGAUUCCUGUACCAUGCAAAAGAAUGUUGGAUUCAUAGACUUUCUUGGAGUUGGGACUUAAUUUUGCUUCUUUCCAAGAGUUGUAGUUCUUCUCUUUUUUGAAACAAUGCCAAGUCUUUCUCUAUCUCUUGAGUUUUUUUACUUUUUUUUUAAUCCCUUUUCCCAGCUUUUCUGUUCAUAAUUCAAUGGACAGCCUCUUUGUAGUUCUUGAACUGCUAGUGCUAAACAAUUUUACUAAUGGUAAUAAUUAU